AGCUGCCUCUCCGCCGUAUGUUGCUGCUAGACCGGUCACUUCAGGUGACAGUCUACUGCUUCAAAUUGAGAAGACACGCCUUCUUCUUGACAGCCAAGCGCUGUUCAUUCGGUUUCUCAAAUCACUGUCGUGUCCUGUCCAAGCAUGAACAAGGAAAUAUGACUAAACCUGCCAAUCGUCGGGAAAAAUGCGAACAUGCUUUUGAGACCAGUAGCCUACAGAAUGCAUUGAGUUGAACUUUACUGUACCAAGAUUGGUUACCCAGGACCUAUCUGGAUAUUCUUGUUAACAUGGGGAGAAGAACCGGACAGGAAUAUGACGAGGACUUCACGUUUGUUAGUCCAGUGGUCAAAUAUUUACUUUUUAUUUUCAACUUAAUUUUUUGGAUUAUCUCCUUGGUGAUGGUAUCCAUUGGUGUGUAUGCCCGGAUGAUGAAGCAGGCAGAGGCCGCUAUGGCCUGUCUGUCCGUGGACCCUGCCAUUCUGUUGAUGGUCGUGGGGGUGUUGAUGUUUUUCAUCACCUUCACCGGCUGUGUGGGCUCCCUUAGAGAGAACAUCUGCCUCCUACAAACGUUCUGCGUCUGCCUGACAGUAAUCUUCCUGCUUCAGUUAGCUGCUGGUGUCCUUGGCUUUGUCUUCUCAGAUAAGGCUCGUAAUAGGGUGACUGGGAUCAUCAACCAGGCUAUCGUUCAUUACAGGGAUGACAUUGAUCUUCAAAACCUCAUUGAUUUCGGACAGAAAGAAUUCAGCUGCUGUGGAGGUGUGACAUAUACAGACUGGUCCCAGAACAUGUACUUUAACUGCACUCCAGACAACCCCAGCCGAGAACGCUGUUCUGUUCCGUUCUCCUGCUGCCUCAUAUCCAAAGACCAGGCGGUCAUCAACACAAUGUGUGGCCAAGGGAUGCAGGAGCUGAAGUACUUGGAGGCUGAAGCCUUCAUCUAUACCAACGGCUGCAUCGACAAGCUGGUCAACUGGAUCCACAGCAACCUGUUUCUGCUAGGGGGCAUAGCCCUGGGCCUGGCCGUACCACAGCUGGUGGGGAUCCUCUUGUCCCAAGUCCUGAUCAACCAGAUCAAGGACCAGAUUGAGCUUCAGAACUACAACCAGCUGCACCAUUCUGAUCCAUGGCGCUGAUCCACUAAGAUCAAGCACGAUCCAUCCAUCCAGACGGGAGCAGCCUGGAGCAGGACUGGGGACAUUUGUAUGGGAGGGUGUGUGGUGGGUCUUUAUCGCCCUCUACUGGAGAUGGACCCAACUUGCAUGUUGGUCAACUUGCAAGACAAUAUAAAUGAUGCUUUCAGCCUGAGGAGAUCCUGGUUGGGUAUGGAUUAGCCAGUUAAAACUGGCCAAGACCAAAAUGCCAAAUGUUUUAGAAAAAUGUUUUUAAACCAGCUGAUCAUCAUACAACCCAUCUCUGCUUAUCAUAUAUCUAUCAUGGUACUGGACAUUGAAAAGGGAAAUAAAAGUAGUCUAAAGGCUAUCAAUCCUGUUAUGUUAGUUUUUGUGAAUAUAGGUUACUGUGUGGGUUGCUGUUUAAUGAUUGGGAAUACGAUCAUUGCAUUACAUUUAGCAGACGGUCUUAUCCAGAGCGACUUACAGUAAGUACAGGGACAUUCUCCCCGAGGCGAGUAGGGUGAAGUGCCUUGCCCAAGUACACAAUGUCAAUUGGCACGGCCGGAAAUCGAACCGGCAACCUUUUGAUUAAUAGCCCGACUCCCUAACCAAGAUUGUGUUGUACAUAUUUAAGUGAACUUUGUAUAUUAGGUGUGGUUGGGUCUCCUGCCUGACAACCAUCUCUGUUACAAAUGAUUUAAUAGUUUUCAUUGACUUUUUGUAAAGUUUUUGAUAUUUCGAUUUACAUUACAAAUAGGUCCUUUCCUGUGGUAUCUUAAAUGAUUGUUUUGAAUGUUUCAAAUACAUAUUUGGAGAAAUAAGAUUUUUAUAGAUCUUAAUAAAUAUUGUCUUUUGACUGAA